UUUGUCCGAUUUUCGAAAAACAACGAAAAAGUCAGUCAGUCAUUCGGAAUUCACUAUGACUUUUCAUUCGCUGUGUGAUAAUGUUCAUGAUGAUUAUGAAACAGACGAACUAGAAUUGCCAAAGACAAGGUUGUGUAGAAUGAGUAGACACCUCCUCAAACGAACCUUGAAAUAUCUGACUGUUGGAGGCCUGGGAACAGGAUCAGGCUAUUUUCUGUAUAAAAAUGAUUGGGAGGUUUCUACCAUUGGAGUAGUAAGAUUUGGACGUGCAGCUUUUACAGCAUUCUGGAUUGUAGCUGAUUAUAAAAUACAUUUACGAGGAAUUGAUAAUGAAAGUCCAGAGUAUGAGAAAGUGAAAUCAGAGAUUCAUUGCAGAUCUGCAUUACGUCUGCGUGAACUUUGCUGUUCCAAUGGAGGAGGAUAUAUAAAAGUCGGACAACAUGUAGGAUCACUGGAAUAUCUAUUACCAAUGGAAUACGUAGAGACAAUGAAAGUUCUACACAACCAGGCGCCACAAACACCUGUUACAGAAUUAUUUAAAGUAUUGGAAGAAGAUCUUGGACAAAAGGUACAGGACAUGUUCGUACAGAUAGACCCUGAACCAUUAGGUGCUGCAUCUUUAGCUCAGGUUCAUAAAGCAACUCUUAAAGAUGGAACAGUUGUUGCUGUAAAGAUUCAGCAUCCCAAAGUGAAGAAACAUUCAUUUGUAGAUAUAAAGACCAUGGAGCUUUUAGUACACGGUGUGGCUUUUGUAUUCCCUGGUUUUCAGUAUAAGUGGUUAGCUGAAGAAACUAAAAGGAACUUACCUCUAGAGUUAGACUUUCUACACGAAGGAAGAAAUUGUGAAAGAGUACAAAGGCUAUUCAAACAUUUUAAAUUUCUGAAGAUUCCAAAGAUUUACUGGGACUUGUCAUCAGAGAGAGUCCUUACAAUGGAGUUCUGUGAAGGAGGCAAGGUGGAUAACAGGGAAUAUAUGAAACAGCAUAAGAUAUCUGUUGAUGAGGUGUCAAGAGAUUUAGGCAAGUUGUACAGUGAGAUGAUAUUUGUACAUGGAUAUGUACAUUGUGAUCCUCAUCCAGGUAAUGUUUUAGUCAAUAAAACAGCUGAAGGAAACACAGAAAUAGUCCUGUUAGACCAUGGCAUUUAUCAGUCAUUGACAGAUGAGUUUCGUGUAAACUACUGUAAGCUAUGGACAUCUUUGAUAAAGGCUGAUUUAGAAGGUAUAAAAAAGUAUUCUACUGCUAUGAAUGCUGGAGAUAUGUAUCCAUUGUUUGCCUGUAUGUUGACUGCCAGGUCAUGGAAAGCUAUAUCAUCUGGAAUAGAUAAACAACAGUACACCAAGUCAGAAGAUGAUGAAAUAAAAUCAAACGCUGCCAAUUACCUCAUACAGAUCUCUGAAAUUCUGAACCGUGUACCACGACAGUUACUUCUCAUCCUUAAAACAAACGAUGUGUUACGAAGCAUUGAGUAUACGCUACAGACAAGAGCAAGUUCAACAUCAUUUAUAAACAUGUCACGGUGUUGUAUUCGUGCUGUGGCUAUGGACAGUGAGAGGAAAUGUAACACUUGGACAGGGUGGCUUCAAAUUAGAUUAGCCAAACAGUGGCAAUUAUUUAAAAUUAAUAUAUAUGAGUUUUUUUUAUGGGUACAGACUUCUUCAGUUGUUCGGUUUAUGAGUAGAAAAAAUAAUGUCAUAGCUUUAUGAUGAAAGCUUUUUCUUAGGUUUUUAAAAUAUUGUUCUGUGAUACCAGUAUUCUUAAUGUGUCUAUAAAACCUCAAAAAUGAUUUUGAUGAAAAAUUAACAUUGAAUUUAUGAUUGCUUUUAAGAUUAGAAAUUUCAUACAAAACUUUAAAAAAGCAAAGAAAAUUUAGCAACAACUUGUGAGGUGACAUCAUUUGUUUCAAUGAUAUAUAACAAAAAUUCUGAGGCUGCCACUUUAUAGAAAUGCAAAUUGUAUUUGAAUAUUACCGAAGACAGUUAUAAGCUAUUAAAGGUGCAUUAGAUGUCAAAUUCAUGUACACCGAUUUUACCCAAAUUUUCAUAUUUUAUUUAUAACAUAAUAAAUCGAAUAUCCUAAUUAUAAAAAUUCCAAAAGAAACAAUGCAUGGGCUCGCUAUAAUGUAUCAACAUUUAGUACGUUUUUUAGACAAGACACCAUCUAUUUAUCCAUCGAGAUGACCUCCGAUGACUACAUACGGUCAUUAAAAUCAAUAUUUACAUAAAUAUCAAUAUAAGUAGAUAGCGAGCAAGUGCAAUCAGAUUUUUCUAGGUCUGUUUGAUUUCAUGUUAAGGUUAAAAAUAUAUGUAAAUGAUUGUUUUACCUGGAUAUGAUUGAUUUUUUGUGGGCCAGAUCGGUCAUAGAAAUGGUUAUUCCUGGUGGCUCCCUUGUUUCACUUUUCAAUGUUGACAUUCUUUCUUUUCAAUGAAUGAGCCACAUUAUGAACAAAUAGCACCCAUCUCCAAAUUCAAGUUAAAAGGUUCAUGCAUACGAAUUCAAAUGAGUUGAAUUAUUAACUUGCAAGUCAAUAAUACACCAGUGAUGUUUUUUAAGCUUAUUUUGGCGAAAUUGGACCAAACUGACUGCUAAUAGCAAAUUAUUAUUUCAUUUUUCCGCUCUCAUAAAUGUUUUUAUUAUUUUGUCGAAUUCAUAGCUAAUGCCCCUUUAAUGUAGAUAAGUAUUUAGGACUUACAGAAAAUUGAAGGUAUAUAACAUUUGCUAACUGCUGUAUGUUGUUAGUAAGGAAAUUAUUACACAGUAGAAAAUGAUGAACACUACUUUUUACUGAAUUGCAUUGUAAGAAAUGUUUGAAAUUGUUUUAAUAAAUCUGUAAAUUUUUUAUUUUCAAUAUGAAUUUAUAAUUUUUA